AUGAGAUACAGCUCAGAUGGGAUAAGUAAUAAGUAUCAAUCUAUAUUUAGUUGGAUGCAAAACAAAUUCAAUGCCAGACUCGGCACCAACAAACUCAAUCCUAUUUCUGUUCAUUGUAAGCUUAUUCUCCUCUCUUUCGCUCAAUUCCAGAAAGAACCAGCUGCCAGGAAGGAAGAAUUCAGCGAUUGGCCUCAUGAAUUACUGGCAAUAGGUACAUUUGGAAGCAACCAUAAUGCCAUAAAAGAAGAAAAUAUCAAGCCAAACUUUGUUCAAGAAAAUCAAUCUCAGCAUCAUCUCGAACAACUUACACCUGAAGAAGUGCAAAAGAUUCAAAAUGAGCUGAACUUGUUAUUGCACAAACAAGAUGGAUCAACGUCCGUCAAUGGAAAUUCAAUCCUGGAAGAUGAUGAGGAAGAUUGCAGCAGAAAUAAUAUAGUUGUAGGCAGAUCAGGAAGAGGAUUAUACGUGGAUAAUACAAAUAAUAAUGCAAUAAAUAAAAAAUCAUUUUCUAUUCUGCUCAAGAAAAUGUUUGUUUGCAGAGGUGGAUUUGCACCUACUCCAAGUCCAAGAGAUCAGAUCCCUGAAUCUAGACUGGAAAAGAUAUUGAGAGCAAUACUUCAUAAGAAAAUAUAUCCUCAAAAUCCAAGUUCAAGUUCAAGUUCAAGUUCAACAGCAAAGAAGUACUUGGAGAACAAACACAACUCUGAUAGUGAUGACGAGGAUGAUAAUAAUAGAAGUAAAUGGGUGAAGACAGAUUCUGAAUAUAUAGUUCUGGAGAUAUAACUAUUGAAUUGCUUAUGGUCAGCUGCAAACAUAAAAUAUU